AUGGCGUUGAAACGCUUCACCCGUCUGCUUUGGGCAACGUCCCUCAGCAUUAGCCUCGUCACCGGCCAGAGCAUCGAACAGAACACCGAAGAGGCCAUUACCUACCUGACUGGUACAAAAAGCGGCACUAUCCCGCUCAACGGUGCUACGCCCACCGGAACCUACCAAACCUUCUCCUCCAAGAUCACGCUUGCGACGACCUCUCUUCCUACUUCGUUGGGGGUUCUGACAGCAAACUAUACCGAGACAGAUCUUGUAACCACCCUUACAGGCUCGGUCACGUCUUCUGUUGCUACCACCUCCACGAACGGCACUGCAUCCUCGACAGUAUCCACCCCACCACGACCGACGAACACUCGGCCGUGCAACAAUUACCCCGAGCUAUGCGAGCGCAAAUACAGCAACAUCACCGAAGUAGGGUGCCACAACUCGCCCUUCGUUCGUGCCGGCUCGGCCGCUGCCAACCAGCAGUAUAAUGUCACCGAUCAGCUCAACGAUGGAAUUAGGUUCCUCCAGGGGCAGAUUCAGUUCCCAGUCAACGGCACCCAGCCACACUUCUGCCAUACCUCCUGCGAUCUGUUCGACGCUGGCCCUAUCACGGACUGGUUAGGCAAGGUUCGAGAAUGGGUGUCUGCCCAUCCUUACGAUGUCGUCACCAUCCUGUUAGGAAAUGGCAACUACUCGAACCCAGACUUAUACGUCCCCUGGAUCGAGCGUAGCGGAAUUCUACAAUACAUCUACACACCUCCGGUCAUUCCAAUGGCGCUGGAGGACUGGCCAACGCUGGCCCAGAUGAUUUUGACGGGGCAGAGGGUGGUCAUGUUCCUGGAUUACAAUGCCAACGCCACUGCCUAUCCCUGGCUACAAGACGAGUUCUCGGCCAUGUGGGAAACGCCCUUCGAUCCACUUGACGAUACCUUCCCAUGUACCGUUCAGCGCCCACCAGAUCUGCCAGAGGAUCAGGCCAAGAACAGAUUGUAUCUCAUGAAUCACAACCUCAACGCCGAGGUGUCGUUGCUGGGGCAGUCAAUCUUGGUGCCGGCGGUUAGUGCGUUGAAUACCACCAACGCAGCGUCAGGGAAAGGCAGUUUGGGCAUGGCAGCGGCGAACUGCCGGGAUCAGUGGACCCGGCCACCAAACGUCCUGAAUGUGGAUUAUUACAACUACGGUGACUACCCAGGGAGUGUCUUCGAGGUAGCAGCAAGGAUGAACAACGUGACCUUUGUCAAGAGACCUUGCUGUGGGAGCACCAGUGCUGGGUUCAGGCGAGUUCAGGGAGUAGAGAGGGGGUUGGGCCUCGGCCUGGUGCUUGGAUGGGGUGUUUGGCUGUUGGUUGGAUGA